UAGUACAAAGCUCUCGAGGGCCUCCCCAUCUUCCCUUCUCUUUUUCCCUUGCAGGGUCUCACCGCCCCUUCAGAAUCACCACCACCCACCUCUCUUCACUGUAAGAUUUCUCUACCCCUUUUCCUCUUUUGAUUGUUUUAAACUUCUUCUUUUGUUUUCUUUCCCUCUCUUCCCCUUCCCACUUCCAUAAAGGAACCAUCAAAUUCCUCUCUCUUAAUCAUCACCCAUCACCCAUCUCCCCUUUCCCCUUCAUCCUUCACUGUGCCUCGUUUCUUCAAAAGGAGUAUGGGAAGCAAUUUUAUUGGCGAAGCUACCAGCUGUGGUGAGGCUGAUGGGUCUGAAACUACUAUUGAGAUUAAGUUAAAAACUUUAGAUUCACAAAUUUAUACUCUCAGAGUGGAUAAACAGAUGCCAGUCCCUGCUUUGAAAGAACAAAUUGCUUCUGUAACUGGUGUGUUAUCAGAACAACAACGUCUUAUAUGUCGAGGAAAAGUUCUCAAGGAUGAUCAGCUCUUGUCUGCCUACCACGUUGAAGAUGGUCACACCUUGCAUUUGGUUGUCAGACAGCCUCUUCCGCCAUCAGAGACUUUGCCCAAUCGGCCAGAGACUGAUCCAAAUUCAAGUACAAGUCGUGUUCAUAGCAAUCGGGUGGCUCCGGGUGUGGUGAUUGAAACUUUUAGUAUGCCUGUUCAAGGGGACGGUGUGCCCCCAGAAAUCAACAGGAUUGUGUCUGCCGUUCUAAGUUCAAUUGGACUUUCAAAUUCUGUAACUGGCAGUGAUGGGAUGGAUGUUGUCAGGGAAAUUGACCAACAAAGAUCUGGAGAACGGGUGAUUGCAGCUGGGAUGAUAGAUUUGAACCAGCAUCAAUCUGGUGACAAUGGGUCCAGGCCACUAUCUGAUAGGUUUCAUGGCACUUCUGGACAUCCAUCAAUUCCUUCUUUAGGAUCGUUCCCUCCUCCUGUGAUUCCUGAUUCUUUGACAACUUUGUCUCAAAACCUCAGUAAUAUGAGGCGUGAUUUUGAAAAUAUUGGCAGAGUUGGAGGAAAUAAUGCCCAAGAAGCUAAUAUUCAUGGAGAUGAGGAGAGCAGCUCUAAUUCCUCAUCUCGUCCAAGCACCACCCAAGAAAGUUUCCCAACUCCUGCAUCGUUGGCUGAAGUCAUGCUUUCUACCAGACAAAUGCUUACAGGGGAAGUCUCAGAGUGCCUACUUCAACUUGCAAGGCAACUGGAGAAUCACAGAAAUGUUACUGAUCCUACAUUAAGGAUGAAUACUCAGUCUUCUGCAUGGAGAAGUGGAGUUCUAUUCAAUAACCUAGGUGCAUAUCUCCUAGAACUUGGUCGCACUAUGAUGACAUUGCGAAUGGGUCAAAAUCCUUCAGAAGCUGUUGUUAAUGCAGGACCAGCAGUUUUCAUUUCCCAAACUGGUCCAAAUCCUAUAAUGGUUCAGCCUCUUCCCUUCCAACAAAAUGCAAGCUUAGGCCCAGUUCCCAUGGGUGCCAUGCAGCCUGGUUCUGCACUAAUUCAUGGUCUUGGUUCUGGAUUUCUCCCAAGGCGUAUUGACAUACAAAUUCGAAGAGGUUCACCAACUACGGCAUCAAAUGGCAAUCCAGAGGAACGCAGUGGAGCUCAACAGACUUCAGGGCAACAAGAAGCAACCAGAGGUGCGGGUGAAAAUUCCACCAAUCCAGCAACCACUAGGGUUGUAGAGGGCCCAAGUGUGGGUGGAGAAUCUGGAGUGCGAGUAGUGCCAAUUAGGACCAUGGUUGCAGCAUUACCUGGACCCUUUAGCCGCUUACCUUCAAAUUCUUCGGGUAAUUCAUUUGGGUUAUACUAUCCUGUUCUCGGAAGAUUUCCUCACCCUGCUUCAGCAAAUGCGAGGGCCGAGCGAGGAAGUCAAGCUUCAUCGGAGCGUCAGUCUACUGGCCUCCAGAGUGAGCAACAGACAAUUCUUGAAUCAGUUGUGGAACAGCAAAAUGUUGAAGAUGCUGCAAGAGAUGGUGGGGCCCAAGGUACCCUGGAGUCUGAACGACAAGUACCCAGUAAUGUUGUCCAGUUUCUUCGGACUCUCUUUCCCGGUGGUGAAAUCAACAUUGAAGAUGCCAGUUUCCAGGAGAUUAGUGGUUCUAUUCCUGCUCAUCAUUCAAUGGCAUCAAGUUCUGUUGCAAAUGUUCAAGAAUCAGAAUCAAGAACUACUGAUGAAGGAAUGUUUUUGUCCAACAUAUUUCACCAAAUCAUGCCAUUUACAGCCCAAGGAGGUGAGCCGGAUAUGCCUUCAGUAGAGGCAAAUGCCUCUGAGCGUCAAAACACUCCAGAUUCUUCUGCACAAGCUUCAAAUCGGGAUGCCGAAACAUCUCGCAGACGUGGUGAUUCAGAAGCAGGUGCUCCAAGCUCAAAACGUCAAAAGAAAGAUUGAUACAACAAAAGGCGUCUAGAUAUUAUGGAUGGGAUCUUAAUCUGCAAUUGCACCUUCAAACUUCUGGGAACGAAAAAUUAUCACAAAACAGAGUCCAAUUAAUGGUGGAAUUCACUUUGAGAGUUUCAAGCAGAGCACCACAGCCUUUGCCAAUUAAGUGUACUAUUUUUCAUUCUCUUUUUUUGCAUUUCCCCUCCCUCCCUUGGCUACUCCCUCCCCUGGCUCCACCCUUCCCCAUCACCUUGUACGAUAUCGUGUGACAUUACUAUUUUACCCCUCGUCCCCCCUUUGCCCCGUACCUGGAACCCGAAAUGGAAAAGAAGUAAAAUGAAAGCAUUCUUCGAAUCUACAGUGUUCCCAUAUUUGUGAAUGAUCAUAAAACUAUUAGAUAAAGUCCUUAUAAAGCACAUCUUCUGCUUCUUGAAA